CGUCAAGCUGCCCACAGCCCGGUGCGAACACCUCAGCUUUUUAUCAAACGACUCGGUGCUACAGGAACGCGAUCGUCUUGAUCUUCCGCCCAAACUUCUCUCUGACCGCGAUGCAUUGAUCCUGAACCGGCCUGGUCCCUUCUCUAUCAUUUCGACACAGUUUCGGCAGCGCGUGCGUCGAGAACAUCCAGCGAGAGACCGCCCAGUCUGCAGCAUCUGUUAGCAUUUCCGGUUCGCAGGACUCAGGUACCCUGCGUGUGCGCAAAGGGGGGUUGAGGUGCUCGAUAAUAUUGGCCGCCCCUGCAGCGACCAUCUAUCACCAAACAGCCCAAUGCUGCCGUACGCAUCUUCCUCCGGGUCCAAGGCGGUCCCUCGACACCAUGCGAGCGGAUAUUCCAAUGGGUACCCGCGAGGAAACACCUUUGAGAUUUCUCCUCACAGGUUCCAACCUCGAGGCGCGGCACCACCAUUUCGAAGACGGAAGGGACUAUUCCUGCGAUUGGCAAUAGCGCUGGUAUCAUUACUUCUCUUUGGGCUGUUCGUUUGGCCCGGCGAUUCGGGGUCUUUCUCCUGGCUUGGCUCCGGUUCUGAAGAUUUCCAACUCGAGACGGUGCGAUACUACGACCUGUCUAACGUGCAGGGCACCGCGAAAGGAUGGGAGAGAGAGGAGCGAAUUUUGAUCUGCGUGCCGCUGCGCGAUGCCGAAGUGCAUAUGCCCAUGUUCUUCGGUCACCUCCUCAACCUGACGUAUCCUCACCAUCUGAUCGAUCUCGCUUUCCUUGUUUCGGACUCGAAAGACAACACCUUGGCGGUUCUUGAACGCGAGCUUACGGCUAUUCAAGCUAGCACCGACCCGUCCAAGCACUUUGGCGAAAUCUCCAUCAUCGAGAAAGACUUUGGACAAAAAGUUAAUCAGGAUGUGGAAAGCCGCCACGGUUUCGCCGCGCAGGCGAGCAGAAGAAAGCUCAUGGCCCAAGCUAGAAAUUGGCUCCUUAGCGCCGCCCUUCGGCCGUAUCAUUCGUGGGUCUACUGGCGUGAUGUCGACGUGGAGACGGCGCCUACCACGAUCUUGGAAGAUCUGAUGCGCCACAACAAGGAUGUGAUUGUGCCAAAUGUUUGGCGUCCGCUACCUGACUGGCUGGGCGGAGAACAGCCCUACGACCUUAACUCCUGGGCCGAGUCCGAAACCGCCCUCGCACUCGCGGAUACUCUCGACGAAGAUGCAGUUAUCGUGGAGGGAUACGCAGAAUAUGCUACCUGGCGUCCCCAUCUCGCAUAUCUCCGGGACCCCUAUGGCGAUCCCGACAUGGAAAUGGAGAUCGAUGGCGUUGGUGGAGUGAGUAUUCUGGCAAAGGCCAAGGUUUUCCGUUACGGCGUCCACUUCCCGGCGUUCAGCUUCGAAAAACAUGCCGAGACAGAAGCUUUUGGAAAGAUGUCGAGAAGGAUGGGCUUCUCAGUUGUUGGCCUUCCUCAUUAUACUAUCUGGCAUUUGUACGAGCCUAGUGUAGACGAUAUUAAGCACAUGGAGCAAAUGGAGCAGGAGAGACUCGCUCGCGAGAAGGAGGAAAAGGAGAAAGCGAUGAAGGAGCAGAAGAUGAAGGAGUCUUUUGGCGACGCCACUGGCCAAUGGGAGAAGGACAAGAACGAAAUACAAAACCUCGCCAUGCAGGAGAACAAGAAGGCGGAAGAGCAACCAGCAGCAGGACAACAAGGCGGACCGGCUGACGGACCAGCCAAUGCUGCUCCCAAGGAGGAGAAGAAGGAGGGCACUCAGUGAGCUGUGCUCGAGUGUCCACUCGGUUUUUUUUUUCUAUAUUUUCUUCUAUCUUUUUAAUACUGCCUCUUUCGCUAUAUUUCUGCAUCCUCAUCUCUGGUUUAACGUUGUGUUUCGCCAAGUGGACGCAUACCAAAGAAAAAUGGGUGGGAGGCACUUGUGAAGCCGCCCGCUUAUACAUCUACCUAUUAUGUACAAUGGGCAGUUGGAGAGGGAGGGUCAGAUAUCAGGGAUAUGUAAUUGGCGACGGUUCACACCGCAUUCACCUCAUGUCAGGAACGGACCGGAAAGACAAAAUCUUAUGGAGGGUAAUCUAAGAUCAUGUAUACUAGAAGCGUUUCGCGGCCAACGAGUUCAAAAAAAAUCAUAGCAGAGGCGUUCCGGGAAAUGUCUUUUUUGCUUUGCAGUCUG